UGUUGCUGUUUGUCUCGUCAUGUGACUGAAACCUGUGUGUGUGUGUGCGUGUGUGUGUGUGUGUUGAACAGGAACUGGUGUGCGUUUGUUGUGACAAAGACGGUGAGCUGUGUGGUCGAGGACGGAGUGGAAACCUACGUGAAGCCCGAUUAUCAUCCCUGCAGCUGGGGGAGCGGACAGUGCAGCAGGGUGGUGGUCUAUCGGACCUACAUGAGGCCGCGGUACAAAGUGGCCUACAAAAUGGUCACAGAGAUGGAGUGGAAGUGCUGCGACGGCUACAGUGGAGAAGACUGCAACGAUGGUCCAGCUGGAGGAGCAGGAACCCAAAUUUCCACCACCAGACCUCAGCCCAGACCAGGACAGGGGGGAGGAGGCAGUUCUGGAUCUGGCCAGAGCGGACGAGUUGAGAACGAGAAGAUGAAGCAGCUGGAGGAGAAGAUCCAGAUUCUGACCAGGAACCUCCAGGACCUUCAGUCCACCCUAAAUAAACACUUGCAGCAGGAGGCCAACAAACCGGGCUUCACCGGAGGAGGAGGAGGAGGUUCCUCUUCAGGAGGAAGGAACCCUGCUGAUGCAGCUCAGCCGGAGAUAAAAGAGACAAUUCACAACAUUCAGACCAAACUGGACCAGCUGGACAACCGCACACAGGCCCACGAUAAAACCCUGGUCAACAUCAGCAACCACCUGGUCAAUGGGAAAGGAAAUGAGCUGGACGGAGGAGGACUGAGUGGAGAGAGGCUGAGCUCGCUGAGGGAGGAGAUCCUGAGGGAGCUGGAGAGGAGGGUGUCGCUGUCCUGCUCUUCCUGUCAGGCCGGCGUGGAGGAUCUGCGCAGACAGCAGCAGGCGGACAGGGAGAGUAUUCGAGCUCUGGAGAAGCAGCUAAAUGCCAUGGACGCUCGGUACCGGCAGGGCCUGGACGGGCUGCGACGAGAGGUGGAGCGUUCGCAGGGAUGCUGCGACGCCGUCGGUGACCUCCAGGACCGCAUCACUGACGCUGAGCGCAAGAUCAGCUCGGCCUCAGAGGACUUUGAUGUUUUGCAGAACCGCCUGGACAAGGAGCUCAGCGGGGGAGGAGGAGGUUUUGAUGGAGGCGUAGGGGGAGGUAGGAGGGAUGUCGUGGUGACGGAGGACAGACUGGACGGUCGACUGAAAGACCUGGAGCGGCGGAUCAACAGUACUGUGCAGCGGACUGAACAGAGCUGCUCAUACCUGGAGAACGACCUGAAGGACUACUUCCACAGAGAACUGGGAGACCUGAGGGCCGUGUUCCUGGACCGCUUCGAUGACCAGGCUUUCAGGAUCGCAGACGUGGAGCUGGAAGUGGGGCUGGUGAAGGACAGGGUGAGCGAGCACCACAAGAGGCUGUCGAAGCUGGAAAACAAUACCUCCCUCCUGAGCCGGAGGCUGGAGGAGUGCAGCUGUGGAGGUUCUGAGGGGGAGGACGAGGAGGAGGUGGAGAAGUCUCUGGAGUGGAGAGUGGUCGCCAACGAGGAUCAGAUUCGACACUUUAACACUCGACUGAAAGACCUGUCGGUGUCCGGAGACUCUCUGUACGACAAGGUUGUGGACCUGAGCCACGACGUGCGGAAGAUCAAGGCUCUGACGGGGGAUCACGGCGAACACUUCAGUCGCAUCGUGACAGAGGUGGAGCUGCUGGGCCAGGACUGCGAGCUGUGCGGGAAGGUGGAGGACGAGCUGCAGAGGCUAAAGAAUCAUUCCCAGGAUGCACUGGGGCUGAUGCAGAGCCACAUCAACAGCCUUCAGGUCAGACUGGACUCAGGGGGAGAAGGCUGCUCCCAGAUCUGUUCGCACCUGGAGGACGAGGUCCGCCUGCUGCGAGACGACGUCAGCAGGUGCACCGGCCAAUGUAAAACCGGGCCGGACACACCCUCAGGUGGCGGUUCUGGUAGCACUGGUGGUACCAGUGGACGUGGACCUGGGUUGGAUGCUGAGAAGCCUCUAGAUGGCCACAGCGUGAUCGGAGGCUCCAUCAACAACAACCAGCUGAAGACACUGCAGGGCGAGCUGUCCGAGGUCAUCCUCACCUUCAGCUCCAUCAACGAUACCCUGAAGGGGCUCGAACACACGGUGCAGAAACACGGCAGCGUCAUCACCGACCUUGGAAACACCAAGGAUAAGAUCAUCUCUGAGCUGGACAAAAUCCAGCAGGAGGUGACGGAGCACAUCGAGGAGAGCGGGGAGCGCCUGGACGGGAUGGGUCGGGAUGUCCAGCGGUUCGAGAGCACGCUGCUGGUGGAAAUAGGAGACUGUAAGAGGUCUGGAGAAGGGUUGGAGAAGAGGCUGUCGAAGCUGGAGGGAGUCUGUGGGAGGUUGGACGGUGUCUCUGACUCCAUCCUCAAGAUCAAGGACGGACUGAACCGACAUGUGUCGAGCUUGUGGACGUGUGUUUCUGGUCUGAAUGACUCAGUCGUCCAACACGGAGGAAUCAUGGACUUCAUUCAGAAGAACCAAGAAGAGGUCUACAGCAAGAUGAAGAAUCUGAACUCGAGCCUGAACCAGGUCUUCAAAGAGCUGCAGAGUUUCUCUGAGCGCGAGAUGACCGGCCUGCCGGGACCCCAAGGGCCCCCUGGACCCCCGGGAGAGAGAGGCAUCAAUGGGCUGCCGGGUCCACAAGGGCCCCUCGGACCUCCUGGACGACAAGGUGAAAGUGGAGCGCGAGGUCUGCCCGGUCCCAAAGGUGAACGAGGUGCGGCUGGUGUCGAUGCUCACGUACCCAGACUGUCCUUCUCUGCCGCUCUCACGUUUCCCAUGGAGAGGGCCGGAACCAUCGUCUUUGACAAGAUCUUUGUCAAUGAAGGAGACUUCUACGACCCGAAAACAGGUAUUUUCACCGCCCCCAUAGACGGACAUUACUUCUUCAGCGCCAUCCUAACCGGACAUAAGAAGGAGAAGAUCGAGGCAGUUCUGUCCAAGUCUAAUUACGGCAUGGCCCGCGUGGACUCCGGAGGCUACCAGCCUGAAGGUCUAGAGAACAACCCUGUGGCCGAGGCUAAAACCACCCCGGGAUCUCUCGCCGUCUUCAACAUCAUCCUGCCUCUGCAGACUCGGGACACGGUCUGCAUCGACCUGGUGAUGGGCAAACUGGCCCACUCUGUGGAGCCGCUCACCAUCUUCAGCGGCAUGCUGCUGUACGAGGACAUGUGAAGAGUUCAUACUGACGAGCAGCAUUGAGAUUCAUGACAGACCUGCAGGAGGCGGCACCAUAAAGUAUGAUGUCACUUCCUCGUUGAAUCUUUUACCUGAACCUUCGGUCCCGGACCCACUUCUGUCUGUUCUAACAGAUCACAUUGGUUUUAUCGUAUUAUCCUACAGAGCGUUUAUGUCACUUCACAUGUGGAUGGAUUUAAUCCAGUCAGCUGAUCUGAUGUGGUCACAUGACCUAACUUCAGAGCAGCCCUGUGAGGAUCAGCUGAUGCCUGCCGGCCUGCUUCCUGCUGCCGCUUGAAGCUUUGAACACAUGUGUUGAACAGUGUAAUAUGUCGCUGGCGUCUUUGUGUUUGGGACCAAGGUAUGGGACAGACAAAUGGACGCUCAUCGCCAUCCUUAAGCCCCGCCCCCCAGCAGGUCAGACGUUGUCAUGGCAACAUGACAGAGUGACUCUAAGCUUCAUGUGUUUUCUGAGAUUUGUUCCCACUGUGAAUGUUUUAUAUGAAGCUGCAUCUUGUUCCAUUAGCGUCACAUCACAACUGUUAUCAAAUCCCAUGAAUAAAUAUUUAGAUCAUUA